CAUGAAAAAGGCGAACAUUUGUGUUUACAUCCCCGGUUUUUUGCGUUUUUGCACACAAAACAGCGCUUACAAAGAGAGAGAAAGCUGCCACAUAACCUCACCAUGAGGGGGCCUCAUGAAGCAGAGUGUCGGAAAAUCUGCACUGAGAGAUUUCUCCAGGCUUUGAUAUGCAGCACAGGGUUGCAAUUCAUUGUGCUAUCUGCGUUCCUUCUCAUCCUCAAUUUCGACAUCCUUCAUCCAGUCGCCUGGGUGUACGGAAGCGUCGGAAUGUUCUUUUCCAUCUACACCUGGAUCCGCAUCAUCCCAGUUAUUGGCUCAGUGAUCGUGUACGGAAAGAUGCUAGCGCGUCACUUGGUCUCUCCACCCAAGAUGUACCGUACGAGAUUUUAUCUGCACUUGCUGAGUGAGGAGAUGAUUUUCCUCACGAUAGCUCAUGGAGUUGUCGGCUUCUUCCUCAUGUGGCUCAGCAUUAGAUUCCUCCCGGACGAAUACAAUUCAGCAGUGAUGGAUUGCGACGGAUCGUGGUGUUACAAUGACAAGUACUUCUUCUUUAUGCUGACUGGAAUCGUCACAGCAGUGAUAUUCAACAAGAAGGAAGUGCAAGUAACGGAAAAUCUCGUGGAGUUUCCAGUGAUUAUGCAAGGAAAGUAUCAAAGAAUGAAGUCCAAUUUUAGUGAAAUCUUCUUCAAGAGUGUCACUAAUGCCAUUUUCUCGUCUGUGGCAUACAUCAUAUUCUACUGGCCACUGGUCGGUGGUCUCAUCAAGUGGAUUCUCGAACAAGUGUUUGUCAUCAGAUUCAGCCAAGAGUCAAUUAUGGAUAGCGUGAUAAACAUCCUUCUCGAUUGGCGAGUCCUGCUCUUCCACUUGAUAAUCACAUCACUCAUUCAGAUCAAUUUACAUCUGAUUAAGCGCUUCUUCGUCGUCUUCCUCAGUGAAUAUCAUGCUUUUCCCAUCGUUCGACUCUUGGGUGUUGCAGCUGAACAAGAGCUUACCCUUGCUGAGGCAUUGGCGGCACAUCAGAUGCCUGUGAUUCAGAAUCUCGCAUGUCAGGAUCUUUUCAUGAUUGCCAAUGGAAGCGAUUCUUCACGGAGGAGAGAUGUUUUCACUCUCUCUAUUCCGGGAGGGCAUCCUCACAACUGGAAGUCCAUCAUGACGCAAUGCCUCUCGAUGCUAAACAGCUUCACGCAAAAUCUGACCAAAUCCAUGGAAGGUUUAUCUAAGAAGCCCUUAAUUGCCACUAAAAGAGUUUUCGUUAAACCCACCGCGACUGAUGAGGCAGAAAGAAUACUGCAGACGCAAUAUUGCGAGGGUCUUCGCAUCAGAAGUGCCAUUAGUGGGCAGGAAAUGCCACAAACUGACAAUCCUGUGAACAAGAAUUUUUAUACCAUUCAAGAUCUCAAAGAUUUGCUGAAGAAAUGGUUGGGAAACAGAUGGAAUGCUAUGAUAAAGCAACGACCGUUUAGUUUCUUCUUCGCCGAGGCGUCUUACCAAGAUAUAUUCUUUCAAAUGAGGCAAGCUCAAGGGAUCGCUUACAUUGUUCAGGCUCUCGCGGCGCUCACUGAGAAAUCCAUCGAGGAAGACAGAUUUGGUGUGGUGCAGAACGACCUUGCAGACAUAAUCAAAGCGUUUCUACAGCUAAAGACGAUACUGGACAAGAUUGGAGGGAAUUUGAUGUUGGGCGAGAGAAGGAUCGACAGAAAUUACCUGACCCUCAAAGGAGCUGUUAAAAGGAGUCUCUACAGGAUUUCCAAUACCUUCUCGCCGUACCUUAGAGAUCUUCGCCUUAGUGAAGGAGAGUUGAAACUCUUGAGUCACUUUAUCACCUAUAAAGAAGCGUAAUAAGGUUGUUUUCUUUUUUCUGUAUUUCGAUUAAUAAACAUAUAAGUUGGAAGUAAAACAAGUAACUGAGAAAGUGGAGAAAAACAGAAAAUCAUUGUCUGGGAAUUGUUCCACUAAUAAGGAAAUGUCUGGAAGUGUUAAUAAUUACUUUUAAAUCACAUAAAAUAACAACUGCCAUUUGUUAUUAAUUCAUAUGGAUUACGAAUAAAUUUGUUUGAAGUAAACUUUUGCAUUCGAUAAAUUAUGAUGUACAGAAAAGAAGAAAAGCUCAAGGUUUAGUUUAUACCGUUAACACAUAUAAUAAAAUAAAAUCAUAAAAUGAGU